AUUCUUCUUCCUUCUCCUUCUUUAUUCUGUAUUACUCGCCUUCGCCACCGACUUGCUGAGCCCCAGCUCUCCUCGCUUGAAGCUCUUUGGUGUAGUCUGUGCUCUGUCCCCUUGUCAUACUCUGGACAGCGCAGCACGACCCCGCUGCAACCUCACAGAGAGACAACUUCAACCGUCGUACAAUCAAUCAUCUGGCCUAGGAGAGCCCCUAGAGCAUAUAUACACUAUAAACAGAGACUCGCAAGCUCGACCUUUGUUGUACUUUUGACCUACAAGAUGGCGGCUCCUAGUGAAGGCAAUUCGCAGGUCUACAGCGGCCUGCUGCAAGAGAUCUUGGGGACUCUGAAGAAGCUGCAGACUGACCAUGCUCAACUAUCGGCCAGCGUGGAGGCUAUUCAAAGCAAAGUUGGCGUUUCAGAUUCUAUUAACCAGCUACGAGGCUCCCGCAACAGACUCGGCAGCAUGGGUUCUCCCAGCCUUGAUCCUAUGGAACUGGCAAGGUCGGCCAAUGGAACUACUUCUCCUCCGUCUGAUGCAUCCCUACAGCCGAAAACGCCUGGCUCUCCGUCGGCAAAGAAACCAUCUGCCAUCUCUCGUAUCAUCCUCACCACAUACCCGGGACAGUCAGGAAUCGACCCGAUCCCUCUGGAAUGGGGCGAGGCAGACGCUGCCAAACGCGGUCCCGUUGUCGUCAGCAGACACCACAACACCAUCCGCCGACGGAACGCGAUUGGAGCCCAUGGUGGCUCAUACUCCAUCUACCACGCUCUGGCCGUUGCCAGCAACCACCUCAACAUGGAACACAAGCCGGACUUCACCAAUACUGAGCCUGCCGCACUCAUCGGGCCCUUUCCCGCCUGGGGCGAUAAGAAGAAAAUUGUCGCCAUGGACCCGUUCGGCCAUCUCGCACCUUGGCUGUACAAAGAUAUAAUGCAAAGUCAAGACAUCGACAUUCGGCCCACCAUUGCCGUGACAAAGGCGCACAUGAAAAUCCCCGAACUAGAACAGAGCGUCCAAGCCGGCCGUCUCAAGCCCGACGGCAAGAUCUGUAUCAAUGAAACGGGCGAAUUGAACGUGACCAAGUUCGCCGUCGAGCCUGUCUGGUACCUUCCCGGAGUCGCGGAGCGCUUCGGCAUCGAAGAAAGUGCCCUACGUCGCGCGCUGUUCGAACACACCGGCGGCUCCUACCCAGAGCUCGUGACAAGGAGCGACAUCAAAGUCUUCCUCCCACCGAUCGGCGGCUUGACGGUGUACUGCUUCGGCGAUCCUGCCAAGAUGUCCGAUCCAAACGUCCGACUGGCCCUACGCGUGCACGACGAAUGUAACGGCAGCGACGUGUUCGGAUCGGAUAUCUGCACGUGCCGACCGUACUUGAUCUUCGGCAUCGAAGAGGCCGUCAAGGAGGCGCAGAGAGGCGGGUCGGGCGUGGUCAUCUAUUUCCGCAAAGAAGGUCGCGCGCUCGGCGAAGUGACCAAAUAUCUCGUGUACAAUGCACGCAAGCGCGGCGCGGACCGGGCAAGCGAGUAUUUCCAGCGGACCGAGGACAUUGCAGGCGUCAAGGAUAUGAGAUUCCAAGCGCUUAUGCCUGAUAUCUUGCACUGGUUGGGAAUCACAAAGAUCGACCGCAUGUUGAGCAUGAGUAACAUGAAGCACGAUGCCAUUGUGGAUCAGGGCAUUCCGAUCCACGAGAGAGUGCCGAUUCCCGACGAGAUGAUCCCGGAGGAUUCCAGGGUCGAGAUAGAUGCGAAGAUCCAUGCGGGCUACUUUACCACGGGGAAGGUGAUGAGUGUGGAAGAGUUGAAUGCUGUGCAGGGAAGAAGUUGGGAUGAUAUUGAGCAUUGAGCGAGACCAUGUUUUGUGCAUUGGAAAGGUAGCGGAUGUGAGAUGAAUGAAUGAGUAGGCAUGCAAAUGACAUGAUGGCUGGUUGGACGGUAUAGAUUCGCGGUAGGAUUCAAGGAAGGCCUCGCAGGCCACUCCGCGUGUUUUGAUGGUUUGGAAUUCAGAUUGACUACUGUCAAAGUGCUUUGCGCGACGUAGACGACUAAUGAAUUGGAGCGAAGAGAGCAGUCCGGAAUGCGACGUACGAGUAUUCCUUCCCUUCC